AUGUUCUGGUCCGACGCCACACUUCUCGCCAACUUUGGUAACGCCAAACUCUGGCCCAUCUAUAUGUUCCUUGGAAAUCUCUUGAAGUAUACCCGCGCUCAGCCCAAUUCUCGUGCCUGCUAUCAUGCAGCCUAUAUUCCUUCUCUGCCUGACUCGCUCCAGGAUUUGCUUGCCAAAUUUCAUGCUAAAUGGCACGUGCAGAGUCAACGGAAAGAUAUUCUCGCACACUGUCGCCGAGAGCUCAUGCACUGCAUGUGGAAGACCCUACUGGAUGAUGCCUUUAUCCAUGCAUACAAGUAUGGGAUGGUCAUCCAGUGCCAUGAUGGCAUUGAGAGACGUGUCUACCCUCGAAUUUUUACUUACUCGGCUGAUUACCCAGAAAAGGUCCUGUUGGCGAAUGUCCGUGACAAGGGAAGCUGCCCAUGCCCCCGAUGUCUCAUUCCAAAAGAGAAACUCAACGGAAUGGGUGGUAAACGGGACAUGGCUUUUCAUUUCAAGACUACAUGUCAGUAUAUGCUCGAUCUCGUCCAGCAAGCCCGCACAUGGAUAUACGAGAAAUCAUUUGCCAUUGGCGGGGCCAAAGUCGAGAGGCUUUUGAAACCGUUGUCCCUGGUGCCAACAAUUAAUGCCUUUGUGGAUCGUCUAGGACAGGACUUUGAUGUACACUCCAUCCUUGUUGUUGACCUCAUGCACGAAUUCGAGUUGGGUGUCUGGAAGGCAUUCUUUACCCACUUGAUUCGCAUUCUGCAUGCUGCCGAGUCAGCAGGAAACCCUGGUCUCGUCGCCGAGUUGGAUCGAAGAUAUAGGCAGGUACCUGGUUUUGGUUCCACAAUCAGGACAUUUUCAGCAAAUGCCUCUGAGAUGAAGCGUUUGGCAGCAAGAGACUAUGAGGAUCUUCUUCAGUGCAGCAUCCCUGUCUUUGAAGGUCUCCUUGACGAGCCAUUCAACACCCGCCUCAUGAAGCUCUUGUUUCGUCUCUCCGAGUGGCAUGCAUUUGCAAAACUCCGCCUGCACACCGAAACAACUCUCAAACACCUAGAGAAAACAACAGAAGAGCUCGGAAAACUCAUGCGCAACUUUGAGAAAUCCACAAGCUCUGCGUUCAUGACCUUUGAGCUCCCUAAGGAAACCCAGGCAAGAAAUCGGCGUGACGCAAGCAAAACAUCGACCACGUCCUCGGGCCGAAAGGCCAAGAAACUCAACCUCUUCACCUACAAAUGGCAUGCGCUCGGGGACUAUGUCUGUUCCAUUCGACUUUUUGGAGGAACAGACAGAUUCUCGACACAGAUUGGAGAGCUUGCACAUCGGCUUGUGAAGCGCCUCUAUGGUCUUACGAACAAGAAGAAUGCACCCAAGCAGAUUGCCAAGCGUGUUCGUCGACUUGAGAAAGCACACAUAGCCCAGGAGCACCAUCGCCUUCGUACCAAGUCUACCCAUUUUCGUCAUAACCGGCAGCCAGCUACCGAAUCUCAGUCAGGCGAGGAAACUGCUGGUGAUGACUCUGACCUUUGUUACUUUGUUUCGCCAUCUCAGAACAUCGCUAUUGACGUGUUUGGUCUCGUGGCACGGAAAGUUGAAUCUGGUGACCCUGCUUUCAAGGGUUUUCUGUCCAAACUCAAGGAGCACCUUCUCGGACGCAUCCUUGGACGAGACUUCGAUGGCGAUGCUCAUGAUGACUUCUCUCAUGAUGAACAAGCGUCCGUUCGUAUUCUGCAUGGAAGAAUUUAUCAAGUCAAAACAUGCCGCCUCUAUUACACAACCUACGACGUCCAAUGUGAAUGCGAUACCAUCAACCCUUCAACUCGCCCGUUUGUCAUGGUCCAAGCCCCGUCUGGUCUAAAUGAAAGUUUUUGGUAUGCACAAGUCCUUGGUGUAUAUCAUGCCAAGGUCUACACCAUUCUGCCAGGAGUGAAGGACGGUCAAAAGGUCCACCGGAUGGAGUUUCUUUGGGUGAGAUGGCUCGGGGAGGAACCGGGUUACGCUCAUGGCUUCUUGCAUGCACGACUUCCUAAAGUUGGAUUUGUGACCUCGACGGAUGACUAUGCGUUCGGCUUCUUAGAUCCUGCUCAUGCGAUACGUACCUGCCAUCUCAUUCCAUCCUUUGCUCAAGGCAGAACAUUGGAUCUUCUUCCUGUUCGCCAGUCAGACGGUCGAAUGAUUGGUGAAUCCAAUGACUGGGCCAACUUCUACGUUGAUAUCUUUGCUGACCGAGAUAUGGUUAUAUGUUAUUUUGGCAGUGGGAUUGGACACUCAGGCUGCUGUAAGUCUACCACUGCCCAGCCUUCUAAUCACACGGAGAGCACGAGGAUGGAUAUCGAUGAUGGGUUCGCCUCCAAGUCAACGGAUGAGUCAGACGUAGAGAUUAUGGUGCCGGCUUUAGUCCGUGGCGCAGAUGACGAGUCCAGCACGGAUGACGACUCGGAGUCUAGCGAAGAUGAAGGCCCCGACGAUAACAUACAUCGCUCUGGGUCUGAAUCAAGUUCGGACUCCUCAAGAUCAGAUAGCAGUUCAGACAGCAGCUCAGACAGCAGCGCUAAUUUAGGUUAUGCAUCGCCGUAG